UUUUUUUCACACUGUUUUGUUUUCCAAUCUUGCAUCUUUUUGAUAAAAUGUGAUUAAAAUUAAUUAAUUAUUAGUGUUCCCUAUUCCGUUAUUAAUUGAACGCUUUAUCUUCUCUUCUUUGUAUUAAUAUCGUAUCCACCAUGUCUUUUGAAGCUGCUACCGAUCCUAACGCCGAACAAAUGAUGAACGCUGCGAAUUCCAAACGCCGAAGCAGUUCGAGGUUCAUUAAACGAAGAAAAUUUGACGAUGAACUUGUAGAGUCGAGUUUGAAUACACCUGUUUCCAAUGUAAUAUCUAGACCUGGCAGAAUGAGAACUCAUUCGUUGAAUAACUCGUCGUGCGGAGAGGGUACUCCAACACCCACCGAAAUAACUCCUUUCGAACCGUUCCCUCAAAUCGAACCUCCUCGCGGACGUAAACAACCCGUGAAAACAAUGCAACCCGUUAGCACUCCUGGUACCAGUGGAGGAUCGAGUAGAAAACGUAAAAUGAAUAGACACGGUUUGGCUUCGAAUUACAAAGAUUUAGGUAGAUGGAAACCGGUCGAUGAUCUUUUACUCGUACAAGCUGUGCUACAAACUAGUGAUUUGAAGGCUGUUUACCAAGGUGUCAAGUUCUCGUGUAAAUUCACCUUCAACGAGAUAGCUCAACGUUGGUACGCUUUAGUGUACGAUCGUACUAUAUCUAAACUUGCUCUUCAAGCUAUAAGCAAUCUGCAAUCGGAAGUUAUUUCACAUGUCGAAUCAAAUUGUCUUUAUUCGGAAGCUGAAGAAGAACUUCUAGCUACUAUUAAGUCUACUACCGAUGCGAGAUCGUUAGAGUUCGAAGAACUAUUACACAAAAAUCGACACGUUUUUCAUCGAGGUAGAACGCCUAAAUCUCUGUACGUGCAUUGGUGCAUGAUGAAGCAACACAACCUGUUAUCAGAUCAAAUUGGAUCCGAAAAACCUAUUUCAGUUCCUCCAAUGGCGAGUACAGAAGAACGUAAUAAUUCGUUACUAAAUUCCUUCGGUACUGUGCCAGAUACUCCUUUACCAAGAAGUGAAAAUAUACCAACGUUUGCCGAAUGUGAAGAGUUUCUAAAUGAUUCGGAACUACUGGGCGAAGUGAAAGAUCCUGCGUUGGAUAAACAGUUAGCCUUAAUGGAUAGAAUUUCUAAAAAAGAUAUCAGAAUGUUGGAAGACGAGCUAAGUCAAAUUCAGCUAGCAUCUGCUUCUGUACCGGGAGCGAAUUCUAUCGAAUUUGAUAACGAAACGUUGGCAGUUCUACGAGGCCGGUGUGUUCGUUAUCUGAUGCGUUCGAAAGAAAUCACUCUUGGUCGUAAAACGCAAGAUAAUCAAGUCGACGUUGAUUUAUCGCUCGAAGGACCAGCGUGGAAGAUAUCUCGACGACAGGCUACCAUCAGAGUGAAGAAUAAUGGCGAGUUUUACAUUUCUAGCGAAGGGAAACGACCCAUAUACGUCGACGGUAACCCUAUUCUGCCCGGAAAUAAACGAGUCAUUAGUAAUAAUUCUGUGCUAGAGAUCGCCGGACUCCGGUUUAUAUUUCUCGUCAAUUACGAAUUUCUCAAUAUCGUUGUUCGAGAAACGGCUAAAAUGUCUUCCCAAACGUAGCUGUUUUGUAUUCGUUCAAGAAUGUGUUGACGAUGCUUUCGUGUUCGUUCGAAUGAAGGGCAUAUUUCUCCGGUUUCGAAAGUUUCGAAUUUCGUCGAAUAUUGGGGUAAAUUUGAAUUCAGUUCGGUAUUACUACUACGUAUACAGAAAAACAUCGCGUCUCGUAACAAUUUUUUAUUAUAAAAAUAAUUUGGAACGUAGAAAGUAUAAUAAUAAGAUAAAAACGUAAAAAAAAGAACAAAUUAGAAAUUAAUCAUAUCACAUGUUUAAAACAAGUAGAAAUUCGAUCGCGUUCUUGCAAGCGUUUUGUAUCGCUUGCUCGGGACUUUCGCCUACGCCUCCGGCGGUGAAUAAAUUGAUAUUCAUUUUGAUCACGACUGCAUACCGGUCGUUUUUGGCAGUCUCGAGGAAUUCGGCGAAGUAU